CAGGCGGUUGAGCCUUUUUAGGUCUCUGCCCCAACAGAUGACGGCGUUCUCAACCACCAACUUAUAGAAGAUCUACAGCAUCUUGCACUUAUGAAGAGACGUUGACUCCUUCACCAUGUUGCUCUCCUUGUUGCCGCUGCUGCUGCUGCUCAGCGCUUCACAAGCUUCUCAUUUUCUGGGCACCAUGAUGACCUACUACCCCAAGGAAACUUUUGCAGAUGGUUCAGUCUCAGUGAUCCUUCGCUAUAAGUUGAAUUAUGUCUCAUGCUCAUAUAGUGAUACAUGGCAAUGUAGUGGCAACUGUGGAACACAAACCCAAACGCUUGCUUUGUCUGUGGUUGAGGAAGUGAGCAAUGAAUGGUGUCAGAGAGAAGGAGUGAUAACUCGUCUGCUCCCCAACAACACUGGAUUCCAGACUCUGCUGGCUAAUGGAAACUGGAUCGAUAACAUACAAAAUGGGAUUGUAUCCUGGAGAGCUCUGACUGCCGUUGAAAUGAGGAACCGGUCGGACAUCGGAAAACCCAACACAUCCCCACAGACCUCCAUCCUCCCUGCUUUAAGAAUUCCUUCAAACUGUGCCAAAAACAUAAAUUUAUUGGCCUUUGACCCUGAUGGAGACGAAGUGAGAUGCAGAUAUGGAAACACAUCAGCUUCAGAGUGCAACCCGUGUACACCACCGUCUGUCCUCAGCGUCUCAUCAAGCUGUUCUCUGUCAUUCAGCCCAACCUACAAUAAUAAUGAGCUUCCAUACGCCGUCCAGCUGGUGAUCGAGGAUUUUCCCAAACAAAACAUAAUUCUGACUCAAACUGACGGCUCACAGGUGGUGAAAACUACCAAUGACCCCAUCAGCAAGAUUCCUCUACAGUUUGUUUUGAAAGUGGGUCCACCAGUACCGUCCUGUGUAGAAGGCGCCUAUCUGCCCACAUUUGUGUCUCCAACUCCAGAAAACAGAGCUCAGCUCUACACCCCCGCUGGUCAGGCUCUGGUCAUCAACAUCAGAGCUGAGGCGACUCAGUCUAACAUCACCGGCCUCCUGUUCAGUGGACCUUACAACACGGUGAAGAGUUCAUCCGGAUCGGGAAGCUUCUCUCUGACCUGGACGCCGUCGGCCAGUGAAGAUGGACAGAGUCACCCCAUCUGUUUUGUUGUCCAGGCAAAUUACACAAACACUUUUCUACACUCUGACCUUCGGUGUGUUAUUGUGACGGUUGGAAACGCACAUAUUAUCGCUCUGAACAUGAUGAUCUCCACCACGCUGUCAAUGGAGGACGACUCUGACGCCAUCUUAGCUCUGAUUAAAAAGACACUGGUUAACGAAGGGCUGCCUUCAACCAUAAGUCUCCGCCUCCUGAGCAGCGGUAAAGUGGUCGUCACAACACCGAGCCCCUAGAGGAACGUCACGAAGAACUAACCGAUCUCUAAAGGGAAACGUAGAUGUAUAUAUAUAUAUAGAAGUCAUGAAUAUCUUUUUUGGGGGGUGAUUUUUAUCCAACACCAUCAGUCAACCUUUAGAAUUUCCUUUAAUGCUGUUGUCAUAGCAACCUUCCAGACCUCACUGGUCUUCUGGUUCUGGUUCUGCUCUGCAUCCCGAGAACCAGAACCAAACUCUGAGAAGCAGCAUUUUGCUGCAAAUCUGGAACAAACUUAAAGAAAACUGCAAAACAGCCGAAACACUGAGUUCCUAUAAAUCAAGACACUGGUUAGCGUUGCUUUCAAACCAUAAAAAAAUGGAACAUUGAUCAACAUAUUUGAUGUGUAUUGAUGAUGCUGACGAUCCACACGCAAUCUCUGUUACUGGUUUUCACAAUUGUUGACUGUAUGGUGUGUUUAUGCUUUUAAGUUUUCAUGAUGUAAAGCACUUAGUACUGCCUUGCUGCUGAAAUGUGCUACACCAAUAAACUUGAUUGAUUGAUCGAUCUGA